CGUCGUUGGUUAAUUUUCUCGUUGGCAAAUUGUAUUACCAUUCGGGUGUAGGAAAAAACCAGUACUGUAGCGAUAAAGCGUCCCUCUUUUGUGUUUAGUGUCGUUCGGUCGAUUGUGUAUCUGUGAAUAUCAACAUCCGCCCGUUGUUCUACCAUAGCUCGCCUGCAUUUUUACAAAGGGCGGGUUCGGUCGGCCACUUCACGGGCUCUGCAACUUGUGUGAGCGAAUGUGUUUUUGUUUUUCCCUCCGUGUUAUCUAGACAAUCCCGGUUUUAUUUCUUCCGGUUUCGCGUGGAGAAAACAGUGCCAAGCGACUGGUGGAAUUCGUUAGUCACCUUCCGUUCGAACAUCCGGUGUUCUGGAACGUGCAACGCAUCAUUAAGGCCUGGGGUGGAUUGUAGAGUGUGCAGCAGCAGCAGCAGCAGCAGGAAAGAAGAGCAUCAGCCAAAAGAAAACAAGAACGAAUCAAGUUUCGUUCGUUUCGAUCAAGUUCAACCUACCCUCCCCAACGAGGGAACCGUCAUUGGGCGACCACAAACAUCACACACCGCCCCGUCAUAAUUGGUGCGCGUACAGGAGAGCUUGUUUUGUUCGCCGCGUAUACCACUUGCUGGCGUUUGUGUGUCAUCAGCAAGACAGAAAACCCGUGUUGCGUAGCAGCUUCCCGUUGAGUUAAGCAUUUGAGUCGCUGUUUUUGGUUUGGCGAUGGCGGCCGAAAUAAAGCCUGCACCGCGGAGUGCUAAUGACCGCUUCUGCACAACGAAAAAGCCGGAAUUGCUGAGCAAGCUGGAGGGCAGCAACGAUGACGUGAACGCGGCCGUACUGAUUCCGGGCGAGGACGGUGUUAUCAGUGUUUGUGAUGGCAAAACGAUACGGGUAUGGCAGAAGCGCGAUUCGGGACAGUAUUGGCCGUCGAUCUGUCAGUACAUGCCAUCGGGAUGUACGUCACUGUGCUACACGCCGGAGACGAGAACACUGUUCAUUGGCCAAGAGAAUGGAACAAUAUCGCAGUUUACGCUGUCGGAUGAUUGCAACAGGCUGACACCGAUCCGGGAGUAUCUGGCGCACCAGGCACGCAUCACCAGCGUCACGUUUGCCAAACACACCGGGUGGAUUCUGUCGGUUGGAAAGGACAAAUUUUUCGCCUAUCAUAGCACCGAAACAGGUGAACGGAUCGGUUGCUACACGUUCGAAGCUAUGUGUACUGCUAUGCAGUAUGACGCCUUAUCAAAGCAUGUGUUCGUUGGAGAUUACAGUGGACAAAUAACGAUGCUAAAGCUAAGCGGUACCGGUGCCACAAUGGUAACAACGAUGAAGGGCCACUCGGGGUCGGUACGCUCGCUGUACUGGGCGGAAGGGCCUCAGCUACUCUUCAGUGGAUCUCAGGAUCAGUCCGUAAUCGUGUGGGACGUUGGUGGCAAGCGUGGUACUACCUAUGAACUACACGGACACAACAAUAAAGUGUCUUCCCUGUCGUACGGUUCGAACACGCAACAGUUGAUAUCAGCCGGCGAAGAUUCGGUAAUCGUGUUUUGGGAAAUGAACGCCAUGCGCAAGGUAACACCCGAAUGGGUCGAAUCGGACACGUGUCAGCUGUGUACGCGUGCAUUCUUCUGGAAUUUGCGUGCGAUGAUUGAUCAGAAGCAGAUCGGCUUACGACAGCAUCACUGUCGCUACUGUGGCAAAGCGGUGUGUGACAAAUGCUCGACCAAUCGGAUCAACAUACCGAUCAUGGGCUUCGAGUUCGAUGUGCGCGUUUGCGACCAGUGUCACCAGCGGUUGAAGAGUGAAGAACGACCCUCGCUGGCAACGUUCCACGAUGCCAAACACAGUAUCGUCGGGAUGGAUUUGGACGAACCGCGGAAAAGAUUACUGACCGUCGGGCAGGACCGUAUCAUCAAGAUCUGGGAUCUAUCCUCCAUCUGGGUUGAGUAAUACAAGAGACACUUGUAACCAAAAGGCAAGGAAAAGAGGAAUGAGUCUGUUUGACCGGAACCGGCGUGUGUAAAUGCCAUGAAGUGUCAUGAGGUAUUUCGCGUCUUUCAACGGACCAAAAAACCAACGAAUCAAAACCGCUGCUGCUAGCGUUAAAAUGAAGCGAUUUCCUCCCUUCUGUCGGAUUGUAGGGAUGAGACACACAGAAAGGAAUAAAUUGAUGUGCAAAUAAUACGGUAAGCGAUCCAGCAGAGCAAACCUAGUAAAAAGCAAAAUUAAACACAGUGCAAUACUGUGAAAGUGAAACCGAACAAAACCAACAAAACGUGACGUAGAGAAGGAAAGUAAUAGUGUCGGUGCUUUUAAUGUUUCUGUCUGUAGGCCAUGAGGAUUUCGUUGGGGGAGAAUGGAAGAUAAAAAGGACCUGGUGAUGCCUAUUGCUAACCGACUACAGUGGAUAUCGAUCCGACACAAGGGGACAAAUAGUUUAGCACUGUAAUCAUAAUUGAACAAAUUGAAACGAAAAGAAUCCGUGGGCCGAAUGUUCAGCUCGCUGAACCAUCUCGGAUACGGAACAAAAAAGAAAACCCGCAAGCAAACUCUGUACAUUAUAAUCGUAAUAAUAAUUCGCAAAUAGAAGAGAUAUAUUGUUAAAUUUAAUAAUAAAACUAAUCACUAAAUA